UCGUAAGUUUUAUAAACAAUGCUAUACAUACAUUACCGAGUACUCGUCUUGGUAAACGUGCUGCACGGACCUGUAUCAAUCAUGAACCUCUUUAGUAUUCCCAGAUGGCACGAAGCUUGAUGCUGUAGUUCAUCCGACCGCCUGCCGCCUUCUGUCAUCAGAUCUUUACCAGGGCAUUCACCAACAAGCAACUAAAAUUACAGGCAUAAUCGAGACGCGCAUUGCUUAAAAGGUGGAUCGACUGAAAGGAUCAAGUCGGCUUUAAAGAAAUACAAAGAUGGGAAAAUCGAACAUACAAGAUGUUAAACAAGGAUCGUUUUGGAGGGCAUGCAUCGGUGAACUUCUUGGGACAUUGUUUUUAGUGUUAGUUGGAUGUGGAUCAUGUCUGGAUGCAAACAGCUCGACAGUCCAGAAGGCACUUGGGUUUGGCUUGAGUGUGGCAACAAUGGCUUGGAUUCUGUCCAACGUCAGUGGAUGCCAUAUUAACCCCGCUAUCACGCUUCCCAUGGUUGUCACACGUAAAGUGACAAUUGUCCGGGGAUUAUUUUACAUCAUCGCCCAAAUAGCCGGUGGAGUGAUCGGGGCGGCAAUUCUUAAAGGCCUCAUCCCAAGUCAAUAUCACGGGGCCCUUGGGGCAACUGGACUAUCCCCAAAAGUCACCGUUGCCCAGGGUUUUGGAAUCGAGUUCAUGAUUACAUUCGUAUUGGUGUUUACAGUGUUUGCCUCAUGUGACGGAAAGAGAAAUGACUUUAACGGAUCGACUCCACUUUCUAUUGGACUGUCCAUCACUAUGUGUCAUGUUUUUGCCGUUCCAUUCACAGGUGCAAGCAUGAAUCCCGCAAGGUCAUUUGGACCCGCUGCCGUCAUGAAGUCGUUCCCUAACCACUGGGUUUAUUGGGUUGGACCACUCCUUGGGGGACUAGUCGCUGGCCUUCUCUACGAUUUCAUCUUUGCCGCAAAUGCGUCCGUUGAGAAACUGAAAGCCUGCUUUACGGAAAGGGAUUACGACAAUGAUAAAUUCCCGAAAGAUGGCGUAACAGCUCUCAAUGGAUCUCCAUCUGAAUUAAAAAAGAUUGAAACAGAAUAAACAAUAUAUGAUGCAAAAAGCCUUGGCAUGGCUCAUGUAUUGUAUGGACAAUUGCAAUUUAUUCAAGUGCCAAGUUUUAUUAGUAUAGUGCUUUAAAUGGUAAAUCCAUAACAUUUUGAAAGUGUUUCGAAUUUCUAUUAACAACAACAUAAGUAGUAUUCUUGCCGAUACUACUUUUAGACGUUCACAAUAUAAUGAGAAUUGUAUCAGUAUGUUACAUUCAAUUAUUGAAUGGUGCAAUUAGAUUGGUACUUUUGCUUAUUAUUAAGGUAUCUGCAUUUAUCAAUUAAAAUAAUGUUCAGCUUUAACUUCUGUAAAUGCGCUUAUGUAUAAUUAAGGAUUUAUGUAAAAAAA